AAAUAAAGAGAGAAGAAGAAGCAGCAGCAGCUAGCUAGCAGCAAAUGGGUAUCAAAGAUCUUCUCAAGUUCAUGAAAUCCUACAUUGAACCCAUUCACAUCAAGAAAUACGCUGGAAAACGAGUGGGUAUUGAUGCGUAUUCAUGGCUUCACAAAGGAGCUUAUUCAUGUAGUAUGGAGAUAUGUCUAGAUUUAGAUAGCGAUAAAAAGCUGCGAUAUUUAGACUACUUCAUGCACAGAAUCAAUCUUCUUAGACACUACAAGAUUACCCCAGUUGUUGUUUUUGAUGGUGCAAGUAUUCCUUGUAAAGCUGCAACUGAACAUGAGAGACACAGGAGAAGAGAAUCUAAUCGUGAUUUGGCCAUGGAAAAGCUUAAGGAAGGGAAUGUUAAUGCUGCCAGUGAACUCUUCCAGAGAGCAGUGAGUAUCACCCCACUCAUGGCAAGUAAACUGAUUCAGAUAUUGAGAUCAGAAAAUGUGGAAUUUGUGGUAGCUCCAUAUGAAGCUGAUGCACAGUUAGCAUAUUUAUCAAGUCUUGAAGCAGAAGAGGGUGGUAUAGUAGCAGUUAUAACAGAGGAUAGUGAUCUAUUGGCAUAUGGUUGCCAAGCUACCAUUUUUAAGAUGGAUCGAUAUGGCAACGGCGAAGAGAUAGUUUUAGAUAAGGUGUUUGAUGCUGUGGCUUGCAAACCUUCAUUCCAAUAUUUUAAUAGGGAGUUGUUUACGGGCAUGUGUGUCUUAGCUGGUUGUGAUUUCCUUCCAUCUGUUCCUGGGAUUGGGAUUGUGAGGGCUCAUUCCUACGUUUCAAAGUAUCGAAACUUGGACCGUGUUUUAUCAGUUCUGAAGUUGGAGAAGCUCAAUCAAAUGCCUGAAGAUUACUGCAAGUCUUUCAAAGAAGCUCUUGCUGUUUUCCAGCAUGCCCGAAUAUAUGAUGCCAACAUCAAGAAACUAAAACACAUGAAACCUCUUUCACAAGAUCUUCAAGAUUCUUUGGAUGAGAAGCUUGAUUUCCUUGGACCAGAACUUCCCCCUUCAGUAGCAACUGCAAUUGCUGAAGGAAAAUUGAAUCCAAUGAACAUGGAAGCCUUCGAUUUCUUUCCAUGUUCUGAAUGUCACAUAGAUCCCAUUGUCAUCCAAAAUCUCCAGAAACUUGAAUCCACUGUGGUAUCCAGAGAAAAGAGCUGCUUUCUGGGCCUUUCUUCUCAUGAAACAGGAGAGAAGGAUAUUGCAGGAAUAGUGAUCAGGCAGGAUCCAGUUGUAACUGAAAGGAAGUAUAUCAAUGAAGCUCUCACACUUCAGAAAUUUAUUUUGCCACGAGAAAUUCAUGAAAGAACAGAAAACAAAAUGAUGCCCGAGGAUAUUUCAGUGAAGAUUCCUAACAACCCAUUUAUGAUAAAGAGCAGUACUGAAGAAGUUGCAUUUGCAGUAGAUAAUGACAAUUUUAAUAUAUUGUGUUCAACUCCUAAAAUUUCCAAGAAAAGAAAACGAAAUGAGAAUGAGAUUGACUUGCAUCAGAGGGAGAGCAUUGAAGAACAAGCUUCAGGGGUUACUGAGGUAGAAAAUUCAGAUGUGUUAUAUGUUACCAAGGAAUCUCAGGAAAGUGUGAAUUCUAAGCCUAGGAAGAUUUCUGAUGGGAAAGGUAGAGCUAAAAAUGAAAAAUCAAAGAGAAGUAAUAGCAGGAGUACAGAGAAGAAGCAGAACACUAUCUUGAAUUUCUUUUCUCGUGUGUAAUCUUUCAUUCUCUACAGAUUAUAAUUUAUUAUCCAUUUCUGAUAAUCAUUUAGUUCUCUA